AUGUUUACGGCAUUCAUUUUUACUUUCCACGUUAUUAUUAAAACAACACAUGAGUUUUCAAAAUAUAAACAUCAGUUAAGAAGAUCUGUUAUCGAAACUCUCAACAAGAAGCUUGCAAAUAAGGUUGUACAUAAUGUUGGUGUGUGUAUUUCACUUUGGGAUAUGACAAAGUAUGAAGAUUCCUAUCUGCUUCCUGGUGAUGGGGCCUCACACACAAUAGUUCAUUUCCGCUAUGUGGUGUUCAGGCCAUUCUUAGAUGAAGUCCUUCUUGGUAAAAUCAAAAGCUGCAGUAAGGAGGGUGUUUAUGUCUCUCUUGGAUUCUUUGAUGACAUUCUCAUCCCAGCAGAUGCACUACAACAUCCAUCUAAGUUUGAUGACAGUGAGCAGUUAUGGGCCUGGGAGUAUGCCACAGAUGAUGGCAGUCAUGACCUGUAUAUGGACAUAGGGGAACAGAUAAGGUUCAGAGUUGUGGAUGAAACAUUUAUUGAUACAUCCCCAAGUGGCCCUGAUUCAAGCUCUAUAGAUGUCACUGAACAAACAGACGAGACAAAAAAGAACCCAUAUACCCUAUUGGGCUCAAUCAAUGAACCAGGAUUAGGCCUUUUAACAUGGUGGAACAAUACUUAGCAAUGAUAUAUAGAGACCAUGUAUAUACGAGAUGAAAGGUAUAAUGUAUAUAGACUGCGGAAAUAUCACAAAUAUUAAAGAAAUUACCAUAUACGAUCACUAAAUCACUGAACUGUAGCUCAGAAGUACUAAAUCUUGUGUUCAUUGAUUAAAAGCAGACUGGUGGUAGCACGCUAUAAGCAAAUGGGAUGAUGGCAGCUUAUGUAAAUAUAUUAGCAAGUCAAAGUGCCGUCAAGUGUUUCUAUGCAUUCAUUCUCUUAAACCAUUAUGUUUUUUGUUUUUUUUAUUUCUUGUUUGAUAGAAUAUAAUAUGGGGAGUUGUUCCAGAGCUACCAUUAAUUCAAAGGAUAUGUCAAAAUGAAAAUGGUAUUUUUUACCAGUGGAAAAAUAUCAGUUUUUAUCAAAUUUUCACUCAACCAUCAAAUAAGACUUAACCAUGAGAUGAGUAUCCUAUGUUAACAGAUUCAAAAUGAUUCAAAUGAAGGCUGAUGAUAACAAUGGCACAGACAAUCAAUGACAUGCAACUUCAGAAAAUAUCAAUACUCUGCUCUCUAAUUAUGCCUUUAUGCAGUCGUUCUAUUUGUAACAUGUCAAUAACAAGUAAUAAAACAAAAACCAAUGUUGGAUCAAAAAUAUGUACAGAUAUUUAAUUCACUUUACAACUACAUGACAAUAGUAAACUCUGUAU